GUGUCUGCUCCGAUUGCGCUAACUAUAGUUCAUUUCUGAUUAUGACAGCUGUCUCUGGCUGUCACCACUUAUUAAAUAGCUUAAAUGAAUCCAGUGAUGUUUUUUACUUGUUGUGAUUCUUAAUAGCUAGAUUACAUCCUUUUUAUGUGAAUCAGAAGUCGUGAUGUUUGUACUAGUCUGCUACUGUGCAUCACUGAUCCAUCUUUUGGAUAUUUCUCCAAAAAUAAAAGGGGGAAACAGAAGAAGAACAAGGAUUAGGCUAUAAGAUGUAUCUAAACUUGCCACUGAGUAAUUCCAAAUCAAUUUUGUGGAUAUAUCUCACUAAAUAUAAGAAAAAGGCUGUGAAAUUCUAAUCAUUGUAAAACAUGUAUAUUUAUAGGUCUUCUAAUCUUCCAUUUGGUAACUUCCUCACUGGAAAAUAGGAGAAAGAAAAGGAUACAUAAUUGAGAUAUUAAAGCCAUUGUAAUGAGUUUGACUAGCUGAUUUUUAAUCCUACUUUAUGAACCUCAAGAUCAACAAGAGCCAACCAACCAUAGAUACAAGACAAGGGAAGACCUUGCUCGACCAAAUGAAUGUAGCAGCAUGUAUAUUUAGAGAUGGGAACAUGAUUCAGAGUUGCGAUGAUGUACUAAACUAACCAAUGAAAUCAAUCAAUCCAUUGUCUCAACACAAAGUAAAGUUGUGAUCUGCUAUAUUUUUAAUCGGGGGUGUCAAAUGGGCGGGUCAAAAUAGGUCGAGUUGAGCUAAAAUUGACCCAAAAGUUACUUAGGUCCUGAUCCGCCCAACUUUACUCAAUCUUCUUUUUUUUUUUUGAUAAGGUAAAAAUUAAUUGACUAAAUACCCAGAAUCUACCAAAACCAAAAGUUACAAAAGACUGCUGGGAUUAUUCAUAAAGUCAAUUACAACAUGUCUUAGUGCCCACCUUUUGUUUUCUUUUGGUACUUUAUUCUUAAUAAUGAAACUUCACUUUCAUACCCUACCAAAAUAAAUGAAGAAGGGUAACUCUAAACUGGAAACCACGUCAAAAUUUAAGGUUCCUGCAACAUUUAAAUUUAAGAAGGACAGGAUCUGUUUAGUUCUUGACCUCGAGACUAGCAAGCUGGACAUAGAAACUUAAGUCAUCACUUAGUUUGUCCUACCCAAGAAAAAGGAAGGCAAAAGCAAAACCUCAUUGCUAGUUUCAAAAUAGACAAUAACUGAAUAUCCUUGGCCCGUUUAGUUAAAAACAUCAUGACAGGACACAAAUUAAUGCAGCUUGCUUUUACAUUAUAUGUGUAUUCGAAUAUACAACUGAAACAUACUUCAAAACUUUUGCUAUAUAGGAUGAGAAUUAGUCCCUUAUUUAUUCAAUUGUUCACUACAUAAAAAAGCUUGUGAAUCUUAAUUGUGGAAUCCCAAUAGAGGUGGCUAGUAAAUAAACUUCUCAUAAGCAGUGUUGUUAAAAGCGCAAAAAAGCGCGCUUCAAAGCGAGGCGAUCCUUGUGCGCUUUUUUAACUUGAGGCGAGGCGAUUUGAAAAAAGCACUCGCUUCAGAGGAAGAAGCGAGAAGCGACGCUGAGGAAAAAGCGCGCUUUUUAUAAAAAAAGCGACAAUUAGGUUUUUUUAAAAAAAAUCUGAAAUAUAACUUCUCUCUCCUCACAACUCUUCUUUCCCUUCUCUCCUCGCGACUCUUUUUCCCUUCUCUCCUCGCGACUUUCUUUCCCUUCUCUCUCCUGAAGCUCUCGACUGAGGCUGCUGGCUGCCGCCCUUCUUUUUCUCGUGAAGAUCUCGACUGAGGCUGCUGGCUGCCUCCCUUCUUUCUCUCCUCAAGAUCUCGACUGAGGCCUGCAGGAGCAACACUUUUGGUUAAUCUACAGGAGCAAAGCUGACCUUGUUUUGGUUUUCAUAGCAGUUCAAUGGGCACUAUCUGAAUCAUCCUUAUAUGUAGUGAUAGUUGUAAUGUAAAACAGUCAAAAUACAAAGUUCCUGUAAUCUAUAACUUUGUUAUAUUUACUUGAUCUGUGCAAUUUUAAAGAAGUAUGAUGACCUGAAAUGGAUUGAGGCCUUCCGUAUCUCUUCUUUCCCUCUUGAAUUUAGAAAUUAUAACUGUUCAUUGGUUAUUUUAGAAAGAAUUUGGCAUCUUUAACUUGUGUUGUUUGAUUGACUGAGCUCUGAGAAAUUGUCUUACUACUUCAUCAAAUGGAGAGCUUAGCGCACCUUGAAGCAUUGUGUGAGAGGCUUUACAAUUCACAGGAUUCUGCUGAGCGAGCUCAUGCAGAGAAUACACUAAAAUGCUUCUCAGUUAAUAGCAGCUAUAUUUCGCAAUGUCAGUAUAUUCUGGAUAAUGCAUCAACUCCUUAUGCAUUGAUGCUGGCUAGUUCAAGCUUAUUGAAGCAAGUGACAGAACAGUACCUAUCUUUGCAGACCCGGCUUGAUAUUCGCAACUAUCUCAUAAAUUACCUGGCAACAAGAGGAAUUGACCUGGAGCCUUUUGUAACUGCAUCUUUGAUUCAACUGUUUUGCCGAGUUACGAAGUAUGGGUGGUUUGAGGAUGACAUUUUUAGAGAGGUGGUCAAAGAAUCCACAAGAUUUCUGAAUCAGACAGAAUCUCAUUAUGCAACUGGUUUGAAGAUAUUGAAUCAACUCGUGUCAGAGAUGAAUCAGCCCAGUCCUGGAUUGCCAUCAGCACAGCAUCGUAGGGUGGCUUGCUCCUUCAGAGAUCAAUCGCUUCUUCAAGUAUUCCAAGUAUCCUUGACAUCAAUGGCCCAACUGAAAAAUGAUGUAAAAGUUCCUAAGAACGCGGCUAGCAGCAAACUACAUGAACUGGCGCUUGCUCUGUCCCUGAAAUGUUUAUCAUUCGACUUUAUGGGAACAACGGUUGAUGAAAGUUCUGAUGAUUUUAACACUAUUCAGAUCCCAUCUUCAUGGAAGCAAGUCCUGGAGGAUCAAUCAACGGUGCAGAUUUUUUUUGACUAUUAUGAAAUCAAUAAGCCAAACAUAUCGAAGGAGGCUUUAGAGUGUUUAGUCCGUCUGGCUUCAGCGAGGAGAUCUCUGUUUUCAAAUGACACUUCUAGAGUGAAAUACUUGGCACACCUGAUGACAGGAACCAAAGACAUUAUGCAAACUGGGAAAGGUCUGGCUUGUCAUGAUAAUUAUCACGAGUUCUGUCGGCUUCUUGGACGUUUUAAAGUCAAUUAUCAGUUAUCAGAGCUUGUGAAUGUGGAAAGUUAUGGGGACUGGAUACGCCUGGUUGCUGAAUUUACUUUGCGAUCUUUGCAGUCUUGGCAGUGGGCUAGCAGCAGCGUUUACUACCUUCUUGGGCUGUGGUCUAGAUUGGUUUCGUCGGUUCCAUAUUUGAAGGGAGACACUCCAAGCCUGCUUAGUGAUUUCGUGCCAGAGAUUGUCAAAAGUUUUAUCACAUCUCGAUUUGGUUCCUUUCAGGGUGAAGUCUCUGAUCUCUCAGAGAACCCCCUUGACAAUGUUGAACUUCUUCAAGAUCAGCUCGACUGCCUUCCUAAUCUUUGCAGAUUUCAGUAUGAAAGCUGUAGCUCAUACAUUAUGCAGAUUACUGAUCCUCUGCUUCAGAUGUAUAUGGAAUCUGCUGAUCCCCAGGUUCUUGCAGUGGUGGAAACAAAAUUUGCUUGGAUAGUUCACAUUAUUGCAGCUAUUGUUAAGACUAAGCAGCUUAGUGGAUACAGUGGUGAAUCUCAAGAAAUCCAUGAUGCAGAACUUUCAGCACGUGUACUGCGGCUGAUAAAUGUUACUGAUAGUGGCUUACGCAGUCAGCGAUAUGCAGAAACAACCAAACAACGCCUUGAUCUAGCUAUUCUUGUGUUCUUCCAGAACUUCAGAAAGUCGUAUGUUGGAGAUCAGGCAAUACAUUCAUCAAAGCAACUAUAUACUAAAUUGGCUGAGCUUCUUGGGCUCCAUGAUCAUCUGCUUAUAUUGAAUCUCAUUGUUGGGAAGAUAGCAACAAAUCUUAAGUUUUACAGAGAGAGUGAUGGAGUUAUCAGUCAAACAUUAAAUCUCAUGUUGGAAAUGGCGUCUGGAUAUAUGACUGCAAAACUUCUGGUAAAGUUGGAUACCACUCAAUUAAUAAUCUCCAAUCAGAAUAGGGAAGAAUUCCCCUUUUUGGGGGACUACAGGUGCUCUCGUAGUAGAACUACCUUCUACUAUAUUAUUGGCUUGUUGAUCUUCAUGGAAGAUAGUUUUUUGAAAUUUAAAGCAUCAAUGGAUCCACUUCUGCAGGUCUUGCUCAGUUUGGAAUUGAUACCAGAUGCCUUGUUUCACACUGAUGAUGUUAAACAAGCAUUAAUUGGGUUGAUGAGGGAUCUUAGAGGAAUUGCAAUGGCUACAAGUAGCCGAAGGACAUAUGGUUUCCUAUUUGAUUGGUUAUAUCCAGCACAUAUUCCUCUUCUUCUCAAGGCCAUAACAAUAUGGGCAGACACUCCAGAGGUGACAACACCAUUACUUAAAUUCGUAGCUGAGUUUGUGCUGAACAAGUCCCAGCGACUGACUUUUGAAACUUCAUCUCCCUGUGGCAUUCUUCUUUUUCGUGAAGUCAGCAAAUUGAUUGUUGCAUAUGGAUCCAGAAUUCUCUCUCUGCCUAAUCAUGUUGAUAUGUAUCAGUUCAAAUAUAAGGGUGUUUGGAUUUCCUUGACAAUUCUUUCAAGAGCACUUGCUGGUAACUACGUCAAUUUUGGGGUGUUUGAGAUUUAUGGAGACAGAGCGCUUGCAGAUGCUUUUGACAUAACUAUGAGGAUGACACUAUCUAUUCCUUUGGCAGAUAUACUCUCGUACAGAAAGCUUUCAGGAGCUUACUUCUCAUUUCUGGAGAUCAUGAUGAAAAACCAGAUCCAGUUGAUACUUAACUUGGACUCAAGUAGCUUUACAUUUAUUGCUGGAUCUCUUGAGUCUGGACUUAAAGUACUGGAUGAAAAUAUCAAAUCACAGACAAAGGUUCAGAUGUUGUCGCCACCCAAGAAGAAAAAAAUGCUUUUACAUGCUUCGCCCAUGAUAAAAAAUCAGUGUGCAUCUGCGGUGGACAACUUAGCUACAUUUUAUUUCGAACACAUAACAACUGGAGAGUCACCUACCACCCCUGUGGCGCUUAACCUGGCGCAGCAUUUAGCAGACUGUCCAAACAUAUUUCUUGAAAUAUUGAAGACUGUGUUGGAGAUUGUUUUAUUUGAAGAUUGUGGCAACCAGUGGAGCCUAAGUCGACCGAUGCUGAGUAUGAUACUCAUUAGCGAAGAGAUGUUCUCAAACUUAAGAGCUCAGAUUUUGUCUUCACAGCCAGCAGACCAACAACACCGUCUUUCACUGUGCUUUGACAAACUUAUGGCUGACAUAACUCGAAGCUUGGAUCAGAAGAACAGAGAUAAGUUCUCCCACAAUCUGACUAGAUUCAGGAAUGAGUUCCGAACCAGAUAAUCAGAGUGAUAUCAGCAAGUGGUGAAUCCCUUUAAACAUACAUACCAGCCUUCCCUGCGCCUACCCAAGCACAUACAAAAAGAAAAGACGUAACAGGGGAAGGGAGAGCCAAGGAAAAACAAACAUGAAAAAUAAUUUCAAGAAAAAUGAAAUAGUGAAGUUGGCUGAAGUUUUGUUCUCCCUUUGUUUUUCCCCAGCUGGUGAAAUGCAUUCUGUGAGGUGAUUCUGUCACUUUUUGCUAAAUCCGUGCUGUAAUUUUUAUCACAACAGUGUACAGUCCAACAACAGAAGAUCUUUCUUUUUGCUAUUAAGAAUUUGUAGCAUCUUGCUAGAUUAUAAGAAUCUAUUGGUGUAAUGGUAUUGCCUAUGCAUUAGCUAUAGAAUAGUUUCAUACUAAUGAAGAGCCUGUUUUGCUCUUGAGCCUCUGCCCUAGCCGCUUGGACCUUCAUCAAAUUACUAUGCAGGAUUUUGGCUUGGGUGUUUUAUUUUGCCAUACUUUGGGCAAUCAAA